GUAUUUUUUUCUUGCUGUAGUAUCGAAACUCUGUCUUCGGCCUCUUGUCCGAAAAUUUUACAUCUUGGAAGAAUCAGAAAUUUCUCAGUCUACUGUUCAUAGAAAGAGAGGAAAAAUAGUCUCAGAACAGUGUGUUUUUCUUUGGGCGAAUUCUGCAGCGUCAAGCCUAGGGGAGAAGAAGAGAAGCUUGAAAAGAGGAGGGAAAGAAAUAAAUAAGAAUUCUUUUGUAUUGGUGGCAAAUUGAGCCGUGUUGAGGUUUGCGGUUCCAGUGAAGAAGAACCCUAGACGAUUCUCAGCUUCAAUCACGAUUUUUCCUUCUGAUUUUGAUGGAUCUAUCGUCUUCGGAGAGGGAUCAGCUGUUGAUGGGGUUAGAAGUUUAAUGCCCGUGAACGGAAUUGAACAAAGGAUUCUGCAAUUUAUCGGAAUUUCAAGAUUUAUUCUUUAGCUGAUAUUUGAUAACUACAGAGCGUGGAGCAACGUUGAGUUCCAAAUCUAAAGACAAAAGUACCAAGCCACGGAGCUGCUCUAGAAAUCUGUGUGUGAAUUGUCCAGCAAAUCAAAAUGUUUCCUUGCUUGAUCAACAGUAUUUGCACGGGAUGCAAAACCAACCAGGGUUGUUAUGUGAAAGCUUAGGCUAUAACUAACUAUACACUACAAGCCCAGGUGGUUCGUCUGUUUUCAAGUUUCCAUCAAGAUAACUGAAGCUUCUAGUGGUUAUUUAUGUUUCCAAACAAAGCCUCAAGAGAACUUCCCUGUCCACCAGCAAAUAUUUGCACAACAUAGCCCUAUGCAGCAGUCUGGUUACGAUGAGAUGCAGUUGUUGCAGCAGCAGGUGAUGCUCAAGCAACUACAUGCUCUUCAAAUGCAGCAGCAGAACUUUUUAAACCCUUAUUCAUCAACAGUUCAGAAGCAAGCUAAUAAUAGCGGGCUGCAGUUUCCACCUCUUCUUGAUGAAAUGCCUCUAAAUGAUUCUUCACAAGGAUAUCUAAACUGGGCGCAAGGGAAUGCAUUCCCAGGUCAACAAGGAACGCUCGAUAAAACCAUGUUUUCGGUGGGUCUUGGUUCUCAGCAGCCUGAUCUCUCUCUGUACGGUACUCCGGUUGCUAACACAAGAGGUAAUAUAGGUCAAAAGCCUCCCAUCCAAGUCAUGUAUCAGGAUCCCGGCAGUCUAGCAGCUAGGCUUCCUAGUGGUCAAUCACAGAAAUCUUUGAUGCAAUCAUCAGAUUUUAGUUACCCCUUCUUUAAAAGUCAGUAUGAUUUAUCUCCACCGCAAGCAUCUUUACAUAAUGGAGCAUUUAUGUCAAAUCUUGGAGUUCGAGGUAUGUCCGAGGCAGGUUCUUUCCAAGGUCUGAGUAAUGGAAUUCACUCCGGAAAUCUCCUUUCUCAACAAUUUGACACUUCAUCAAAAAAUUCUAGUAGGAGGCAGGAGGAACAAGCAAGUUGGUCUUCGUUUCAGCAGAAGGGUACAAAGCAAUCUCAGGGUUUGGUUCCUCUUGACCCACUAGAAGAGAAGAUUUUGUUCAACAUGGAAGAUAGUAGUAUUUCUGAGAUUGCUUCUGGAGUGUUCGGUGACAAAUUUGACAGUGUGAAUAUCUCCAGCCCUUUCCCUUCUAUGCAGAGUGGGAGCUGGAGCGCUCUAAUGCAAACUGCUGUUGCAGAAGCUUCAAGCAGCGAUACUGGUCUUCAGGAGGAGUUUAGCGGCUUAACAUAUCAGAAUAUGGAACUACCUGCGGAUAUUAACGACAUAUCUAAUUUCCUGGACAGUGAUAAGCAACAGGCUGGUGGUGUGAAUAACAAUACCUUGCAUGGCUCUGCGUCGUUAAACUCUAGCUUCCCUGGGUUUCAGGUGCCUUCAGAUCAGCUGGGAUCAGGUGUCUUUCAAGAUGAUAGUACUCUUGAUUCUACUCAGAGGUCCUCGAACGUGACUGGUCAUUGGAUGGAUUUUAAUCCUCAACCGAAGAUAUCUUUUGAAAAUGUAUCUACGGGUAAUAUGUAUCUGCAGUCCUCCGGGAUGCUUGAUCAGCUGCAAUCUCAGACAGGCAAUCAUCGCUCCAUUACAGCUGAUUCAUCUGCAAGUCAGUUAGCCGGCAUGUCUUCAACUGACCAAGGUGGAAAAUGGUUGAAUGUGCCCCGUCAGCUCGGAAAACCAGGGAUUUUCCCGCAGCAUAUACAACAGAAUGAUCUUGCUACAGUGUCUGUGUCCCAAAUGCAGAUGAUCAAUCCAUUUGUAGCUUCUCAACCUGACAACGCAACAUUUCCAGGAGUUAAUUUGGAUGCUGGCCUUGGAGGUCACACCUUUAGUCAGACUAGAUCACCCCAACAAGGUACCAAUCAGCAGUUUAAUGUGUGGAUGGACUUACCAACUCGCCAACAUCCUUUGGAUCAAGAAUCACUCAAGGUUCCCUUGAGUUCAACAUCACCCGUGGAGAUAUCAGGAAGUGAUGUCACAACCUCGCAAAAGGCGCAACGUAUGUCGCCCACAGCAUAUAAUAUGCCACAGAAGUUUGGUUUGCCUCAAGAACAAGGAGCUGCUGCGAAGAAUAUCUCUGAUUUUACUGCCUCCAACAAAGAUUCUAACAAAUUGCAGGGGGAGAAUAACAUGGAUUAUGGUACAUGUUUGAAGUCAAUGUCACAGCUUGAGUCAUGUGCGUCCGAUGACCCAAAGAUGGAACAAAAUGUUUGUUCCAGUGGAAAGCAGCCCACCCUAGCUAGUGGCAUGGUACGUUGCCAACUUAAUCUCCCCGCUUCAGCUCCCGUGUGGUUCAAGCAGAUGGGAGCCUAUAGAAAUGACCAGAUGCAACCCGUACAUGACUCUCAGGAGACUCGCGAUCAGUUGCUUCAGCAAUUUGAGCCUUUAAACACAAUGAACAAACACGUGGAGAUAAUCGCAACAAAGAAACGAAAACUUAUGAGAACAAAGCAGUUGAGUUGGCAUGAAGAAGUCUCUAAUGCAUCCCAAAGGGACCACUCAAUCAGUGGGGCAGAACAAGAAUGGGCCAGAGUAACUAACCUGUUAGUUGAGAAGGCCGAGUAUGGUACUCAGACCUUUGAAUUUGCACCGCCAUUGCACCGUUCAAAGAGAAGACUUGUUCUAACCUCACAGCUUAUGCAGCAGCUAUUUGAUCCUCCACCGUCAUUCAUAUUUUCAGCUGCAUCGUCAAGAAGCUAUGACUUUUUGUUCUUCUUCAUUGCUAGAGCAACUCUUGGUGAUGCUUGCAGCCUAACCCACAAGGGAGAAACUGUGUUGCCGUCAUCGUCAUCUGAAGUUGAGAACAUACCAGAAAAGACUGAGAAUUGUGAGAGAAAGGAUGUGCAACAUUCUGAAGUUGCUAAGAAAUUAAUAGAUAAAGCAGAGAAACUCAAGGAAAGCUUCGAAAGACUGGAGAAAACGCCAUCAGUGGCAGACAUAAAAUUCGACAUCGCGGAUUCGGAAAGAUUCUCUGUUAUCAACCGUUUCGCGAGGUUUCACAGCAAGGGCUCAGUCUCCGGAAACCCUUCACAAUCCACUCUUCUAAAACCGAUACCACAGAGAUAUGUUGCAAUGGGACCCUUGCCUCGGUACCUACCAGAGGGAGUACAAUGCCUUUCGUUAUGAUUCUGCGUUUCGAAACUAAUCAUUGCUAUGCAUAUAACCAAUCAUCCCAGAGAAGAAAAUACAGUAUCUGAUCUCUCUAUUUUGCUAGUAUUAUUUGCCUCCCCGGCACGCAAGAAAAUAUCGAAAAACAACCAUCCUCGGAUUAGCGAAUAACACAACAGCUUAGCUAUGCUCCUGCUGCUGUUCUUUUCCAAGGGAAGUAAAUAUUGUUCUAUUGUGACUGUGUGUGUGUGCGUGUGUGUUUUUUUUAUCUGGGUUGAAAAGAUCAAGAAUCUGGGAUAAUGCAAUAAGUAUCAGGUCUCUGCGGGAAGAAUAGGAUGAUCCUUUUAGUUACAGAUAUGUCUGUUUUUGUGUUAGUUUUAACUUUUAAGUUAGUUUGGAAGCUAGAAUCUCAUCAAUACAUAUGGACAAUGGCAUUGCCCUUUAAUAUAUCUUUAUUUUUCAGAAUCUCCAUUCUCUCUCUUUU